AUGGAGCGCUCGCAGAGCCGCCUCAGCCUGUCCGCCUCCUUCGAGGCGCUCGCCAUCUACUUCCCGUGUAUGAACUCCUUCGACGAUGAGGACGCGGAGGGGGACAGCCGGAGGCUGAAGGGGGCCAUUCAGAGGAGCACGGAGACAGGCCUGGCGGUGGAGAUGCCCAGCCGGACGCUGCGCCAGACCAGCCAUGAGUCCAUCGAGGACAGCAUGAACAGCUACGGCUCGGAGGGCAACCUUAACUACGGGGGCGUCUGCCUGGCAUCGGAUGCACAGUUCAGUGACUUCCUGGGCAGCAUGGGGCCAGCGCAGUUUGUGGGCCGCCAGACCCUGGCCACCACACCGAUGGGGGACGUGGAGAUUGGCUUGCAGGAGCGGAAUGGUCAGCUCGAAGUGGACAUCAUCCAGGCGCGGGGACUGACGGCCAAGCCAGGCUCCAAGACACUGCCAGCGGCCUAUAUCAAGGCCUACCUGCUGGAGAAUGGCGUCUGCAUUGCCAAGAAGAAGACCAAAGUCGCUCGCAAGUCAUUGGACCCACUGUAUAACCAGGUGCUGCUGUUUCCUGAGAGUCCCCAGGGCAAAGUCCUACAGGUGAUCGUGUGGGGGAACUAUGGACGGAUGGAGCGGAAGCAGUUCAUGGGUGUGGCCCGCGUGCUGCUGGAGGAGCUGGACUUGACCACCCUGGCCGUGGGCUGGUACAAGCUCUUCCCCACCUCCUCCAUGGUGGACCCAGCCACGGGGCCCCUGCUCCGGCAGGCAUCCCAGUUGUCCCUCGAGAGCACCGUGGGGCCCUGCAGUGAGCAAUCUUAGUGCCAGGAACGGGGAGGGGCUCCCUGAGAUGGCCUGGAGACCACCCAGCCCCGACCUGGGACCCCAGGCCCAGGGGCAUCUUGAACAGAGGAGGACGGGGUUCUCCCCCACGGUGGGGAAGCAGAAUAGGGAGACCUACCCCCCUUGGGACCCUCCUCACCCCUCUUUGCCUCCUAUCCCCUGAGACCUUUCCUUUCCCAGUGGGAUUGGCUGCACUUUUGACUUGGCCGGUUCUUGACCUGGUGGAUGUGGCUGCAAUCUGAAGAAGGGAAAGACUGAGGCGGCAGAGCAAACCACUCUCCUGCCCCAGACACUAUCUGACUGCUCCCCUCUCUGCGUCCUCGGAAGCUCGCUCCCCGGAGCCAAGUCCAGAACCCAGCAGCCAUCUCCAUGGUGCCAACUACCAGCAAGUGUCUUUCCUGCGGCACCGGGUUCAGGCAGCUACACCUGCCCCAGAGCUGAUGGGGCAGCUUUGCAAGGAUCCGGAGCCAGCUCCGAGGGGCCCAGAGCCCCCCGCUUAAAGAGGAGCUCCGGCCUCCCUCCGCCUGCCCGUGGGAGAAGCUUUGCCGCAGCCUGUCCAAGUCCAUCUGUCUGUCCCCUCCUGCCUGCCUCUCUUCCAGUGGAAUUGGGGUCCAGCAGGGACCAAAGGAAAGGAGGAGGUGCCCGGGGCCUGGCACAGACCCCCGGGGUGCCUUGCUCUGUGCGAUGGAAACAAGUUGCUGUGGAAACUGUGGGACUGGAAGGAACUUUGUCAUCUGGGUUUUGGUGGAGGAGCUGUGGGACCUUCAUUUCUCAGAACCCCAAGCCCAGAGGGCUCACUGUCUCUGCAUUUUGGGGUGUUGGAUUGGAGAGGGAAUCUAGGGAAAGCUGGGUUUGGGAUUGGUGGUGCCAAGGUGAGGGGUCUCCCAAAUAGGAGGAUCCCUUCUUGUUGGAUGAGGUCAAAAGUCAUCUUGCCUAUCCCUUUGCCUCCAGGCUAGGGGCCUGGAGAGGCCACAGA